AUGGAAGUGGAUACACCAACACCUCCUUACACACAUUCCAGGCCAGAUGGUGAAGUAUGCAGUGGCAUGUCGCCAAUUCAGCCGACGAGCACGUCUACAUUGGCAGAAUUGAUGGGAUCACCGUUGUUUAACGCGUCAAUGAAGCUUCGGAGGACGCGUUCUGCCGUUUCUGGGCCCAGAGAGCCUGGUGCCGGCUUUAAACGGCAAGGUUGCAGGACUUACAGUGUGCUACCUCUGUCGGACAUGGGCGGCAACAAAGAGAACGCGUUUUUCGGCACGGAUGCAGGUUGCACGAAGGCUGCAGAUCCAGCAUUGUCGCAUCCGAGCUUUAGGCGGCAUGUCAGAGGAAGGUCGAGUUCAAGUUUCAGGUCGUCUUUCCCGUUUCAGCAUCAUCACAAUCGGUCCCGGUCGAACUCGACGCUUUCGUCGAACGGCUCGAUCUUCAAGAUACACUCGCGGUCGACGUCGUCGUCGAGUCGCGGGCUCCAGGAGGCACUUGGGUUGAUGACAGGUGGCACAUCAUCAUCAUCAUCGUCCUCGUGUCAUAGUCAUCAUAACAGCAACAGCAAUGGCAACAGCAAUAGCAACAGCAAUAGCAACAGCAGCAGCAACCGCAGCAGCCGCCACGGAAGUAUGCACGAGACCGUGCACCGCCAAGAAAGAGGUCUUGAGCCAGGGAUCCAGCUGCCGAUGGACUGUUCAACACCAAAUCUUCGCACAAGCCACUCGGUUGAGGUUUUGAACCUCGAGGCGGCAUACAACGAGGCGAUCGAGGAGGACAGCGAUCAUUCGAGCGAGGACAGGGCGAACGUGUCGUCAGAAUUGGAGUCUGAGGCCGACGAGACGAUGGGCGACGAUUCGACACUUGCCCAGGAGAUAUACGGGUCGCCACUUCAGCAGAGGAGGCCAAACGGACGCCUCAGGCACAAUCUUCGGCGGGCCACGUCGCUCAUGAGCUACUCGUCGUGCGAAGUGGCUGCCUCCGGGUACCUGGAGAUGGGCAGUGAGGUGAAAAAACACGGCUUAUCGAACAUCCAGCACAGGCUACACCGGCAGCAAUCGACGCUCUUCCACCGGUCACCAGCCAGGUUGGCCUCCUGCCGCGCCUUGGGGUCGCCCACAGCUACCGGGGAGACAAGAAGACCCGGUGCCAGACCAAGGGUGCCAAGGCUGAUCCGGUCAGCAACUUCUCUUAACCCUGGAACCGAGCCGUUGGUGGGUUUCGGUCGGGAGAACUCUGUUCUGGCCGACUCGGGCAUCAAGACGUUCUUCGUGGACGGCUGCACCAUCCCGCAAAUUGAUGUGGAUCAAUUUCACUCGCUUCUCGUGGAUUACAGAGGCAGAAGUGCAGUCUCGCCUAAGCUGUCAGGCCAGUUUGACGAGCUUGUAGUCGUCGACUGCAGGUUCCAGUAUGAGUACCAGGGAGGCCACAUCGAUGGUGCCGUUAACAUUUCGUCCAAAAGCGAGCUUGAACAUGCGUUUUUCCCCUCGCAGGUCGUCCAGCAGUCCCCGAGCCACUUCACGUCCUUAAGCCACAAGUUGGUUGUGUUCCACUGCGAGUUUUCGUCCCGCCGGGGCCCGCUAAUGGCCAACAACCUGCGUAACUGGGACCGCUGCCUCAACAAGGACAACUACCCGGAACUAUACUACCCGGACGUGCUCAUACUCCAAGGCGGGUACAAGAAGUACUACGACAAGUACAUUGUCGCCGAGGGGCAGCAGGAGUCGUCAUACUCGGACGGCAACUCCGACCGGAGUAGCUACGUGGAAAUGCAGGAUCCACAGUUCAAAGACGAGUGUGAGCGAGGCCUCGACAAGUUGAGGCGGGACAACAAGCUCAGCUUGAGCCGCAAGAGCUCCUACUCUUCCUCUUUGAACAUGAACUUGAGCAGGAAAAGUUCCUGUGCUGCCUUUGACGGCUCGUCCUCCACUUUCUCGCCGCCAAACUCCAGCUCCAACUCCAGCAUCAGCCUCUCUCUGAAGAGAAGCUCCUCUCUCUCCACCACGCUGACUUCAUGCUCGUCUCUCGACUUCAGCGGCAGCACAAAAGUCGGCAUAGACAAGUUCCGCAAGAAGAAUUGCUAUUUUGGCGAUGACGAACACCCCCUAUACACCUCUUCCGGCAAUCCUGCCGGUUCUGGGCUAUUCGGAGGCUUUGGAAAUCACAGGGUCGAUCUCGACAACUUGUGUGAGGAGUCUCCCUUGAAAAGAAGCCCCCACUUCUUGCAGGGCAAGCCCAACUCCAGCUCUCGCCUAAGACACGUGAAGUCUUACUCCCAGCAGCAAAACGGCCGUGAUACCAUUCCGGAGGAGCCCGAAACUGGUCUGGGGAGAUCGAAAUCCAAGGAGGGACGCCACAGGCGCUCUGAGACCAUUGGAUGCUUCACGUAUGGCACGAAAUCCAUCAGGAGACCGGGCUUCAACUACGAUGAGAAGGAUCUGUAG